GGCUUCCGUUUCAGUAAUAUGGUAUCGUGCUCGGCGUGCGGUCUACUGUUGGGCGCGCUCUGUCCUUCCUAAACUGUCGCAAAGUUUCAAUUUGUUGCAAUUGCAAGUGCGGAAGUUGAUAAUUACAUACAAAAACAGAGGUGAUGAGGUAUUAAACGGUGGUUAGAGUUUAGUGGAAGAGAUUUUCAGUCGUUAGGCACGAAUAAAAUCUGUUGGCUGAAGAAAUUACCAUCGAUGGAGGAUUGUGUUAUUGUGUUUCGGAGAUUUCAGUUAGCGGGAAGCGAUAAACGUUUCGAAUGUCAGUAAAAGUUCCGAAGUGUUGAGAAAGAAAGUAAACAGAGUUGGAUUUUUUACGUGAAUAGAGAACAGCAAUGUUUCUCAAAUAGUGACUGUUACCAAAACUCGUUAUUGUGCUACAGUUUGUCGUCCCGCAGCAGGGAAUUCCAUUCGGCUGUACAAGUGUUGACUUUCGCUGCAAUUCACCAACCGCGCACUGCAUUCGGAAUGUGUCAUCCAGUGCAACGGGCAUGAACAAUAGCUUUCCGAUCUGGACCGCCGGUGCGGUUCGCAAAUUGUAAUGACCUUUGAUGGUGCGUCGGGUAAAGGCAAUCAAUCAUCAUCACUGCGGAGUGAGAAUGCAUCCCGGCAGGAGAGUAAUCCCUCAUCCUCGGCCGCUUCCGGUAGUGUCAGUAUAGGUGCAAUCCGGCAGGGUGGUGCAUUAUUUGGUAGCAAACAUCCGACGGUGGCAUCAAACGACCAGCUGGAGUCAACGCCUAGACCGGCUUAUCUGCGCUAUUGUGCCAACGAAACUGCAAACGAUGAAUGUGACCGGCGACAGAACCAGAAUCCACAUCUUCUCGCGCGACAAGUGAAUUGGAAUUUUUACUCCGAUUGCAAAGACGAUUACCGUCGAUCCGCGCAGGAUAUCAGCAACGGGGUCGGCUCCGGUCAAUUGUCGUUCCCGUUGCUACCGCAAACGGAGGAAGCUCUCAAGCUGCUGCAGGAGAUUGACGGUAACAUUGCCGCCGUUGGUGGAUUUGGUGAAAAUGAAUACGGAUCCCUGCUGGACGACAACCGUUUCGGUGACGGAUCGGACAACCGGGACAACAGUAUGUCCUAUUAUUUAAGAAAUGGCGCACGUGCAUCAUUCUUUAACCAACCCAGCGGAGAAACCAGUAAAACCGCUGAACCUAAAUCGGAUUGCGAAAUGCGCGAACCUGAACCAUUUGGCGCUGCUGCCUUUCCUUCUACCUCAUCAUCUGUGUUGGACAGUGGCAGAAUGCUGAAGCGGCCAACAUUUGCUAGCAAUGCCCCCUCGUUGAGUGGAUUUGGAAACAGUAAAUCCGUUGCCGGUGGUUCGCUAGGGUCGGGUACGGGUCUCUAUCAGGCACAACCACCGAGAAUUAUCGGCAGCACCAGUUCCAAUUUUGGUGCUACCCCAACCAUCAUAAAUCAUAAGAUAACAAUUGAACCGCCAACAAGUGCUGCGGAUAAUUUGAAAAUUUCCUCCAGACCUUCACCGUCAAGCAGCACAGCAACGACGACCCCCACAUCGACGGCACCCGGAAGUGGUACUCAUCAGCCGGUUGUCAUGCCGAGGGGUCGGAACGGAAACAGUGUUAGUAGAAGUGCUUCGCAGGGUAAAAGUGGGGGUGUAACAAGUAGUAGUGCCACGAAUCAUAGUGUAAAUAAUAGUAGUAGCGCGCAACCAAGUGCGGGUGUUGUGAAUAAUUUUCACGGUGAAACGACAACGGGUGGAAAGGUGGCUGCACCUCGAUUCACUGCUGUCACACAGCAGAGUCUGGGUAGUGUUUCCGGUGCCCAGCUGACCCUGUACGGUUGGCGGAAGAAAUGCCUUUACACGGUGAUACUGGUGCUGAUGAUUAUGAUCAUCAUCAAUCUGGCGCUCACAUUGUGGAUACUCAAGGUGAUGGAGUUCUCCUCGGAUGGAAUGGGCCAGCUGAAAAUUAUGUCCGGUGGAAUCCAGCUUACCGGUCAGGCGUUGGUACUGGACAUUUUACGGGCUACCUCGAUACGGUCUAAGCAUGGACAACCGAUUUCCAUCGAAUCUUCACGGAACUUUAGCAUAAACACGCGCGACUCCGAAGGUUACCUAGAGAAUCAACUUUUCCUGGGGCAUGACCGACUAGAGGUGCUGGCGAACCACUUUCGAGUCGCGGACACACACGGAACGACACUGUUUGGGGUCGAUCGAGACGAGGUCAGCAUCGGAGCCACAGCCUUGCGAGUCGAGGGAGAAGGUGGAGUUAUCUUCAAAGAUUCCAUCCAAACGCCGCUGGUUCGAGCUGAAGCUGGCAAGGAUUUGAAAUUGGAGUCCCCUACUCGAUCACUGGAGGUGCGUGCCACCCAGGAAAUCUUCAUGCAGUCCCGAGCAGGGAGCAUUGAAGCCAACUGCCUCAACGAUCUCAAACUUCACUCGGUUGCUGGAAGUAUCCGUCUGGACGCCAGCACCAUAUUGUUACCGAACCUGAAAACCGUUCAGCCUCCAACGUCUGCCACCGGAUCUUCCGGAUCGAUGCGGGACCACAUCGGUGGGGGCGGAAGCAGUUUAUCGUCGUCGUCGUCUGCUUCCGCAACCUCGUCAGGACACAGCAAAAUUUACCAGCUGUGCGUGUGUUCCAACGGUAUGCUAUUCCUCGCUCCUGCCCACAGCAUUUGCGCUACCGACGACAGUGCCAUCUGCAGGUAAUAUUAGUGCAUACAAUUUCUGCAGUUAGUCACCCCCCGUCAGAUAGGAAAGCCUCUCGAAGAUCUCUAGAUAGCAGUGAAUGUUGAGCUGAACAGGUAGAACAAAAUACAAGAGUAAUCUUUACGUGGCCUAUCACGAGCAUUAGGGAAAAAACAAAUUCAAAUAGAGCCAAAACAAACUUUCGGUUUAAUCAAUGCCUAAAUCGGUAUAGACAUUGAAAUUUGGUUGAGUUUAUCGUGCGUUAGAAAACUUGUUAAACGUGUGUUCGUUCGUUAGAUUUGUAGUUAAGUAUGAUUACAAAUAAUUGUGUUGCCACUAUGUAGAGGUUUUCUUUUCUAAAACAAAAUGAAAACAAUAAAAAUCCAUCAGAGCUUACCACGAUCAAACUAGCAAAACAAAAGUAAAAAAAAACAGAAAUGUGACAAAGUAGUGACAUUUAGGGUUUAACGAUGUCAGAAAAAAAAGGUAUUGUUUUGCGUUCCAAUAAAAACUAGUAUCAAACAAGAAAAUUUAACACAUUAAUUAUAUAAACGAACAACUCUAGGGAUCCAGUUUAGGCCAAUUCAAAUAGCAAAACAAUACAAACGGAAUCUAAACAACAAAUUACCCUAUAUCUAAUUAUCACUGAUUGGUGAAGUAAGCGAGGCUCGCUAAUUCUAAUAGCAGCUGUGAAACCAACAGCAGUCUAGCAUAGCGACUUCACACAGUUGCUGACAGAGGUUUAGUUUUUCAUACAAAUAUACAUAUCAUAUAUAUUAGAGCUAUGGGCGGCGCAGAAUACAAAAAAGGGACAAAAAUAAAAAUCUGAGCUAAGUGAA